UUGUCUGAAGGCUGGCGGAAGUGCUCUGUGUUGUUGCCGGAAGUGGGAAGAGAGGUUGCGAUGGCGGCUGUCGCUGCAUCGGAGGUGCUGAUGGACAGCGUGAAGGAGGGGUCCCCAGCUGCGGCGGCGGAGUUGGCCGCUCAGAAGCGCGAACAGAGACUGCGCAAAUUCCGGGAGCUGCACCUGAAGCGGAAUGAAGCGCGUAAAUUAAAUCACCAAGAAGUUGUGGAAGAAGAUAAAAGACUAAAAUUACCUGCGAAUUGGGAAGCCAAAAAAGCUCGUUUGGAGUGGGAACUACAGGAAGAAGAAAAGAAAAAGGAAUGUUCAGCAAGAGGAGAAGAUUAUGAGAAAGUGAAGUUGCUGGAGAUCAGUGCAGAAGAUGCAGAAAGAUGGGAGAGAAAAAAGAAGAGGAAAAACCCUGAUUUGGGAUUUUCAGAUUAUGCUGCUGCCCAGUUACGCCAGUACCAUCGGUUGACCAAGCAGAUCAAACCUGACAUGGAAACAUAUGAGAGACUGAGAGAAAAACAUGGAGAAGAGUUUUUCCCAACAUCUAAUAGUCUUCUUCAUGGAACACAUGUGCCUUCCACAGAGGAAAUUGACAGGAUGGUCAUAGAUCUGGAAAAACAGAUUGAAAAACGAGACAAAUAUAGCCGGAGACGUCCUUAUAAUGAUGAUGCAGAUAUUGACUACAUUAAUGAAAGGAAUGCCAAAUUCAACAAGAAAGCUGAAAGAUUCUAUGGGAAAUACACGGCUGAAAUUAAACAGAAUUUGGAAAGAGGAACAGCUGUCUAAUUCCUUCAAGAACUGUUUAUAGAAGCUUGAGAAUGGGGUAAAAAUUUCUGCUAGCAAAAUCAAGUUCUUUUUGAAAUUUUAUCAGUAAUCUAGAAUUUAGUCUAUGUCUUCUCACUCAGCAUUUAGAAAUAAAAAUACCGUUUCUUAAACGUAUAUCCUUCCAUGUAUAUUUCCACAUUUUUGUGCUUAGAUUUAAGAUGUAUUUCUUGUAGUGAGGUUGUUUUGUAAAAAUCUACUUUGUAUACAUUCUAAUUAUAUUAUUUUUCUAUGUAUUUUAAAUGUAUAUGACUGUUCAAUCUUUGAAGCAUUUUGGGCUUAAGAUUGCCAGCAGCAUACAUCAGAUGCAGUCAUUGUUGCUAUCAUUGUUGCUAUCAGUGACAGAGUCUAGACUCAGGAGCCACUCGGGGUUGUGGACUCCAAAGGUAAGGACAGUGAUGAGGAAGAUAGCAGUGGCUACUGGAGGGCUGCAGCAGUCCCUCCUUGUGGCGGCCUGUGACCAAGGUUAGGGAGGAGUGAGCUAUCCCCUCAUGAUACUGAACAUGUAUAGUUCCCUUUUUGAAAAGCAAUAAAAUGCUUUGGAUUAGAAUUCCUAA